AUGUGGAACCCCCGACCCGCUUAUGGGCCACAUGGUGGCAAUACAAAUGCUGGAUUUCUUCCACCGAUUAAUGCUUAUUCUCAGCAGAAUUCAUCCGCCUACAAUUAUGGAAAUCGGUCGUUUGGUCCUAAUGGGUCUUUCAUGAUGGGUUCAUACUCGAAUAGCAAUGGAUAUUAUCCAGGGCAACGUGGGUCUCAACUCUACGGGCAUGAGCCCAGCCAACCGCGGCCAGCCGUUGGUGGUCGAAUGCCCCCUGUACAAAAUAGUGGAAACUAUCCUUUUGUUCGCGAUGGGAUGUAUGCCCAGAAUCAUCUACAGAGGAAUAAUAGCUUCCUGGGUAAGCCUAUGGCUGGAGAUGGAAAUUUUUCGUAUUCCCAAGGGCAAGGAAACAGUAGCUGGAUCCAGCAGCCUGGACAGAUUCCGAGAAAUGAUAGUUUUAUGGGAGGGCAACAAAACGGGGGCGGGAGUUUUAUGUAUUCCCAAAUGCAACGGAACAGUAGCUGGAUGCAGCCCCCUGGUCAAUUUCCGAGAAAUGAUAGUUUUAUGGGCUCCUCAAAUCUGAUUGGGAGGAACAGCGGUUUUGGCGGUUCGGGACUUCAGAAUGCUGAUAGCUUUGGCGGAGCUGGCUUUAGCCGUUAUGGCAGUAUGAAUGGGAUUCAUUCGUUUGACAGCUUCUACGCAGCGAACCAGCAUCAAGGAAGAGAUUUCUCCGCACCUCCUCCUCCUGGGCAACAGGAGAGACAAGGUCUUGCCUUGCUUCUUCGUAAGCAAAGUGUUCUUCACAAGGGAAGAGAUACUAUUGGAGGUGAGAACCAAAGUAUUGGUCGCCGUAAUGGGGGGCUUACUUUUAAAGGGGUCAUUGAUGACGAACGAUAA